CUGAUAAAUAAAGUGUUCGAUGACAAAAUGAAUAAUAAUGCACCAGAGCUGAAAUUCCGUACAUAUUCAACACAUGACGUCAACAUUGGCGCUGUGUUGGCUGCUUUAAACAAUCUUCGCAUAGAAAUUAUUAAUUACUGUUCAACUCUUAUUUUUGAGCUUUACUCCGGAGCAAGGGGCAAGUACUUCAUUCGAAUUCUUUUCUUGAACACUCAAAAUAUCGACAAGUUCAAUCAAACUCCUAGAGUUAUAAUCUUGCCUGGAUGCGAAGAAUAUUGCCCUUAUCAAAAAUAUCUGAAGUUCACAAAUGUUUAUGCAAGCACCGAUUAUGAGAAGGAAUGCGAUAUUGAUUCAUAUGAGGAGAAUGUUAUCACAUCUGAACUCUCUGCUUAAAAUUUGAAGACAUUUUUAAUGCUUCUACUAUGAAAAGUAAGUGUGCAUCUGCUUUUAUUGGAUCCAAGUCCUUAAACCUUGCAAGCUACUAUAUAGCAUUUAUAUAAUUACUGCAAUAAAAAUUAUUCUUUCUUAGUAUUGAUAAAA